AAUGCUGUUAUGCUAAUCAGGUGACAUCACCGCCCAGCGCACGGCGGAGUGGCUCCUGAUUAAAUUACAAACCGGCGGCCGGGAGGAGGUGUGUGCGCAGCUCCCGCGAGCUCCGGCGCUGGGCGUCCGAGGCACGCUGAGGAUUUUGAAAGAUUUCAACUCUGGACGUGUGCGCGCCUCCUUCCUCCUCUUCCCUCUCCUCCUCCCCCGGCAGUUCAUUGCUUCACUGCCCUCAGGCAAGGGCCACGGAAGGCAGGAGAGCAGCAGGACUAGGUGCCUGAGCCCUAGGUGACCUCCUCGUGAGGACUGAGGUGGACUCCCGCUGCAGCCAACUGCCUAGUAGAGCUCCCCGCGCCCGUUUCAGACCCGAAUGGAGCUCGCCUAAGGUGCAGCCUCGCCGCCAGGGCCGGGAGCCAAGCCGCGCGGAAGCUGCUGCGUGUUGGAUGGGGGUAGGCAGGGGCCGGAGCGGUAUUUCCUCGGUGCAGCCCGCCAGGGCGUUACGCUGGGCCUAAUGGAAUUGCAGAGGACGUCUAGCAUCUCCGGGCCGCUGUCCCCGGCAUACACGGGGCAGGCGCCUUACAACUACAACCAGCUGGAAGGGAGGUUCAAGCAGCUCCAAGAUGAGCGUGAGGCCGUGCAGAAGAAGACCUUCACCAAGUGGGUCAACUCCCACCUGGCCCGAGUGUCCUGCCGCAUCACAGAUCUGUACACUGACCUUCGGGAUGGACGGAUGCUCAUCAAGCUGCUGGAAGUCCUCUCUGGAGAGAGGCUGCCAAAACCCACGAAGGGCCGGAUGCGCAUCCACUGCCUGGAGAACGUGGACAAGGCUCUGCAGUUCCUGAAGGAGCAGAGAGUCCAUCUUGAAAACAUGGGGUCCCACGACAUCGUGGAUGGGAACCACCGGCUGACCCUCGGCCUCAUCUGGACCAUCAUCCUGCGCUUCCAGAUCCAGGAUAUCAGUGUGGAAACUGAGGACAACAAAGAGAAAAAGUCUGCCAAGGACGCUUUGCUGUUGUGGUGCCAGAUGAAGACAGCUGGGUACCCCAACGUCAACAUUCAUAAUUUCACCACUAGCUGGAGGGAUGGCAUGGCCUUCAAUGCACUGAUACACAAACACCGGCCCGACCUGAUAGAUUUUGACAAACUGAAGAAAUCCAAUGCACACUACAAUCUUCAGAAUGCAUUUAACCUGGCAGAGCAGCACCUGGGCCUCACUAAAUUGUUGGACCCUGAAGAUAUCAGCGUGGACCACCCUGAUGAGAAGUCCAUCAUCACCUAUGUGGUGACUUACUACCACUACUUCUCUAAGAUGAAGGCCUUGGCUGUGGAAGGAAAACGGAUCGGAAAGGUGCUUGAUAAUGCUAUUGAAACAGAAAAAAUGAUUGAGAAGUAUGAAUCACUUGCCUCUGACCUCCUGGAGUGGAUUGAACAAACCAUCAUUAUUCUGAACAACCGCAAAUUUGCCAACUCACUGGUCGGGGUACAGCAGCAGCUCCAGGCAUUCAACACUUACCGCACGGUGGAGAAACCGCCCAAAUUUACUGAGAAGGGGAACCUGGAGGUGCUACUCUUCACGAUUCAGAGCAAGAUGAGGGCCAACAACCAGAAGGUCUACAUGCCCCGGGAGGGGAAGCUCAUCUCUGACAUUAACAAGGCCUGGGAAAGACUGGAAAAAGCAGAACACGAAAGAGAACUGGCCCUGCGGAAUGAGCUCAUCAGACAGGAGAAACUGGAACAGCUGGCCCGCAGAUUCGAUCGCAAGGCAGCCAUGCGGGAGACGUGGCUGAGCGAGAACCAGCGCCUCGUGUCCCAGGACAACUUUGGAUUUGACCUUCCUGCCGUUGAGGCCGCCACGAAAAAGCAUGAAGCCAUUGAGACAGAUAUUGCCGCAUACGAGGAGCGUGUGCAGGCCGUGGUGGCUGUGGCCAGGGAGCUGGAGGCUGAGAACUACCAUGACAUCAAGCGCAUCACAGCCAGGAAGGACAAUGUCAUCCGGCUCUGGGAAUACCUGCUGGAACUGCUCAGAGCCCGGAGGCAACGUCUGGAGAUGAACCUGGGGCUGCAGAAAAUAUUCCAGGAAAUGCUCUACAUUAUGGACUGGAUGGAUGAAAUGAAGGUGCUAUUAUUAUCCCAAGACUAUGGCAAGCACUUGCUUGGCGUGGAAGACCUGUUACAGAAGCAUGCCCUGGUGGAGGCGGACAUCGGCAUCCAGGCAGAGCGCGUGAGAGGGGUCAACGCCUCUGCCCAGAAGUUUGCAACCGAUGGAGAAGGUUACAAGCCCUGCGACCCACAGGUGAUCCGAGACCGCGUAGCCCACAUGGAGUUCUGCUAUCAAGAGCUGUGCCAGUUGGCAGCCGAGCGCCGGGCACGCCUGGAAGAGUCCCGCCGCCUCUGGAAGUUCUUCUGGGAGAUGGCAGAAGAGGAAGGCUGGAUACGAGAAAAGGAGAAGAUUUUAUCUUCCGAUGACUACGGGAAGGACCUGACCAGCGUCAUGCGCCUCCUCAGUAAGCAUCGGGCAUUUGAGGAUGAGAUGAGUGGCCGCAGCGGCCACUUUGAGCAGGCCAUCAAGGAGGGUGAAGACAUGAUCGCCGAGGAGCACUUCGGGUCCGAGAAGAUCCGUGAGAGGAUCACAUACAUCCGGGAGCAGUGGGCCAACCUGGAGCAGCUGUCGGCCAUCCGGAAGAAGCGCCUGGAGGAGGCCUUACUGCUGCACCAGUUCCAGGCGGAUGCCGAUGACAUCGACGCCUGGAUGCUGGACAUCCUCAAGAUCGUCUCCAGCAAUGACGUGGGCCACGACGAGUACUCCACCCAGUCCCUGGUCAAGAAGCACAAGGACGUGGCUGAAGAGAUUGCCAACUACAGGCCCACCAUCGACUCGCUGCACGAGCAGGCCAGCGCUCUCCCCCAGGAGCAUGCUGAGUCUCCAGACGUGCGGGGCAGGCUCUCAGGCAUGGAGGAGCGCUACAAGGAGGUGGCGGAGCUGACACGGCUGAGGAAGCAGGCACUGCAGGACACCCUGGCCCUGUACAAGAUGUUCAGUGAAGCUGAUGCCUGCGAGCUCUGGAUCGAUGAGAAAGAGCAGUGGCUCAACAACAUGCAGAUCCCAGAGAAGCUGGAAGACCUGGAGGUCAUCCAGCACAGAUUUGAGAGCCUAGAACCAGAAAUGAACAACCAGGCUUCCCGGGUUGCAGUGGUAAACCAGAUUGCACGCCAGCUGAUGCACAGUGGCCACCCGAGUGAGAAGGAGAUCAAAGCCCAGCAAGACAAACUCAACACGAGGUGGAGUCAGUUCAGAGAGCUGGUUGACAGGAAGAAGGAUGCCCUGCUGUCCGCCCUGAGCAUCCAGAACUACCACCUUGAGUGCAAUGAGACCAAAUCCUGGAUUCGGGAAAAGACCAAGGUCAUUGAGUCCACCCAGGACCUGGGCAAUGACCUGGCCGGUGUCAUGGCCUUGCAGCGGAAGCUGACAGGCAUGGAACGGGACUUGGUGGCCAUUGAGGCAAAGCUGAGCGACCUGCAGAAGGAGGCGGAGAAACUCGAGUCAGAGCACCCUGACCAGGCCCAGGCCAUCCUGUCUCGGCUGGCCGAGAUCAGCGACGUGUGGGAGGAGAUGAAGACCACCCUGAAGAACCGGGAGGCCUCCCUGGGAGAGGCCAGCAAACUGCAGCAGUUCCUGCGUGACCUGGAUGACUUCCAGUCCUGGCUCUCCAGGACCCAGACGGCCAUCGCCUCGGAAGACAUGCCCAACACCUUGACCGAGGCCGAAAAGCUGCUCACCCAGCACGAGAACAUCAAAAAUGAGAUCGACAACUAUGAGGAGGACUACCAGAAGAUGAGGGACAUGGGCGAGAUGGUCACCCAGGGACAGACAGACGCCCAGUACAUGUUUCUACGGCAGCGGCUGCAGGCCCUGGACACUGGAUGGAACGAGCUCCACAAAAUGUGGGAAAACCGGCAGAAUCUCCUGUCCCAGUCUCAUGCCUACCAGCAGUUCCUUAGGGACACAAAGCAAGCCGAAGCCUUCCUUAACAACCAGGAAUAUGUGUUGGCUCAUACUGAAAUGCCCACCACCUUGGAAGGAGCUGAAGCAGCUAUAAAAAAGCAAGAGGACUUCAUGACUACCAUGGACGCCAACGAGGAGAAGAUCAAUGCUGUUGUAGAGACCGGCCGGAGGCUGGUGAGCGAUGGGAACAUCAACUCGGAUCGCAUCCAAGAGAAGGUGGACUCUAUCGAUGACAGACACAGGAAGAAUCGUGAGGCAGCCAGUGAACUCCUGAUGAGAUUGAAGGACAACAGGGACCUUCAGAAGUUCCUGCAGGAUUGUCAAGAGCUGUCCCUCUGGAUCAAUGAAAAGAUGCUUACAGCCCAGGAUAUGUCGUAUGAUGAAGCCAGGAAUCUGCAUAGCAAAUGGUUAAAACAUCAAGCAUUUAUGGCAGAACUUGCAUCCAACAAAGAAUGGCUUGACAAAAUUGAGAAGGAAGGAAUGCAGCUCAUUUCAGAAAAGCCCGAGACAGAAGCUGUGGUAAAGGAGAAGCUCACAGGUCUGCACAAGAUGUGGGAAGUCCUUGAAUCCACUACCCAGACCAAGGCCCAGCGGCUCUUCGAUGCGAACAAGGCUGAACUCUUCACCCAGAGCUGUGCAGAUCUCGACAAAUGGCUGCACGGCUUGGAGAGCCAGAUCCAGUCUGACGACUAUGGCAAGGACCUGACCAGUGUCAACAUCCUGCUGAAAAAGCAACAGAUGCUGGAGAACCAGAUGGAAGUGCGGAAGAAGGAGAUCGAGGAGCUUCAGAGCCAGGCACAGGCCCUGAGUCAGGAGGGCAAGAGCACCGAUGAGGUGGACAGCAAGCGCCUCACGGUGCAGACCAAGUUCAUGGAGUUGCUGGAGCCCUUGAACGAGAGGAAGCAUAACCUGCUGGCUUCCAAAGAGAUCCAUCAGUUCAACAGGGACGUGGAAGAUGAGAUUCUGUGGGUUGGCGAGAGGAUGCCUUUGGCAACCUCCACGGAUCAUGGCCACAACCUCCAGACCGUGCAGCUCCUAAUCAAGAAAAAUCAGACCCUCCAGAAAGAAAUCCAGGGGCACCAGCCUCGCAUUGAUGACAUCUUUGAGCGGAGCCAGAACAUUGUCACCGACAGCAGCAGCCUCAAUGCAGAGGCCAUCCGGCAGCGGCUUGCCGACCUGAAGCAGCUGUGGGGCCAGCUCAUCGAAGAGACCGAGAAGCGCCACAGGCGGCUGGAGGAAGCCCACAGGGCCCAGCAGUACUACUUCGAUGCGGCUGAGGCCGAGGCAUGGAUGAGCGAGCAGGAGCUAUACAUGAUGUCUGAGGAGAAGGCCAAGGAUGAGCAGAGUGCCGUCUCCAUGUUGAAAAAACACCAGAUUCUGGAGCAAGCUGUGGAGGACUAUGCAGAGACUGUGCAUCAGCUCUCCAAAACCAGCCGGGCCCUGGUGGCUGACAGCCAUCCCGAAAGCGAGCGCAUUAGCAUGCGGCAGUCCAAAGUAGACAAGCUGUACGCUGGCCUGAAGGACCUCGCCGAAGAAAGGAGAGGCAAGCUGGACGAGAGGCACAGGUUAUUCCAGCUGAACCGGGAGGUGGACGACCUGGAGCAGUGGAUUGCUGAGAGGGAAGUGGUCGCAGGGUCCCAUGAGCUGGGGCAGGACUACGAGCAUGUGACGAUGUUGCAAGAAAGAUUUCGGGAAUUUGCCCGAGACACGGGCAACAUUGGGCAGGAGCGUGUGGACACAGUCAAUCACAUGGCCGAUGAGCUUAUCAACUCGGGACAUUCAGAUGCAGCCACAAUUGCUGAGUGGAAGGACGGCCUCAAUGAAGCCUGGGCUGACCUCCUGGAGCUCAUCGACACAAGAACACAGAUCCUGGCCGCCUCCUACGAACUGCAUAAGUUUUACCAUGAUGCCAAGGAGAUCUUUGGACGCAUCCAGGACAAACACAAGAAACUCCCGGAGGAGCUCGGGCGUGAUCAGAACACAGUCGAGACCUUGCAGAGAAUGCACACCACAUUUGAGCAUGACAUCCAGGCCCUGGGCACUCAGGUCAGGCAGUUGCAGGAGGACGCAGCCCGCCUGCAGGCCGCCUAUGCUGGCGACAAGGCAGACGACAUCCAGAAGCGUGAGAACGAAGUCCUGGAGGCCUGGAAGGCCCUGCUGGAUGCCUGCGAGGGCCGCAGGGUACGGCUGGUGGACACAGGGGACAAGUUCCGCUUCUUCAGCAUGGUGCGUGACCUCAUGCUGUGGAUGGAGGAUGUCAUUCGGCAAAUUGAGGCCCAAGAGAAGCCCAGGGAUGUGUCAUCCGUUGAACUGUUAAUGAACAAUCAUCAAGGUAUCAAAGCUGAAAUUGAUGCUCGUAAUGACAGCUUCACAACCUGCAUUGAACUUGGGAAAUCCCUGUUGGCGAGGAAACACUACGCCUCCGAGGAGAUCAAGGAAAAGUUACUGCAGUUGACAGAAAAGAGAAAAGAGAUGAUCGACAAGUGGGAAGACCGAUGGGAGUGGUUAAGACUGAUCUUGGAGGUCCAUCAGUUCUCAAGGGAUGCCAGCGUGGCUGAGGCCUGGCUGCUGGGACAGGAGCCCUACCUAUCCAGCCGAGAAAUAGGCCAGAGCGUGGACGAGGUGGAGAAGCUCAUCAAGCGCCACGAGGCAUUUGAGAAGUCUGCAGCCACCUGGGACGAGAGGUUCUCCGCCCUGGAGCGGCUGACGACGUUGGAGUUACUGGAAGUGCGCAGACAGCAAGAGGAGGAAGAGAGGAAGAGGCGACCGCCUUCUCCUGAGCCAAGCACAAAGGUUUCAGAGGAGACCGAGUCCCAGCAACAGUGGGAUACUUCAAAAGGAGAACAAGUUUCCCAGAAUGGUUUGCCGGCUGAACAGGGAUCUCCACGGGUUAGUUACCGCUCUCAAACCUACCAAAACUACAAAAACUUUAAUAGCAGACGGACAGCCAGUGAGCAGCCAUGGUCCGGACUGUGAAGUUCACUACCAUUUAUCAAGAACCGUUCUUUCCAAAGCCUGUUGGUUUUGGCUCCUUGGCUCCCACCUCACACGAAGUGUUAAAAAGAAAUUUUACUUAAUUCGUAGCCUUCCUUGGUUUUAUAUUUGUUUGUGUUUAACUCAUGUUUAGUAGAGUCUCUAAGUGAUGGAUAUACCCAGUUGCCUUUUAGCAGCCUACUUAUUUUUUGGUUUAUUUAUUGUGAGCUUUUUACUUUAUUAAGAUUUUACAGCGAAACCCUUUCAUGAAUAAUUGAGAUUAAAUGUGAUUACAUCCUAAUGAAGAAGAAAACUAGACUCUAACAGGUAUGACACACCCAGUGGUACUAACAGGGCACAGUUCCGUGCUAUGUGUAGCCUCCUUUACAGCUCUUAUUAACUUGCCUCAGUUUGCUAGUGAGGGUGAGGAAGGAGACCUUCAGAAGCCCAAGGAAAGCCUGAAGUCAGCUAUGGAACAUUCCAAGCACAAUGCAUUUCAGUUUUGUUUGGUUUUAUUUUUUAAGGGUGGCAAAACAAAAAGGUCGACUCCAGAAAGCUAGGUUUAAUGUUCGGUACAGAAUCUCAACCAUUUUGAGACGCUCAGGUCACGUGUUAGUUUUUACAAGCCGGUUUCCCUGCUGCCUCUUCCUGCCAAGUUUUGACUUGGGAACUGUGGGCUUGCCUGCCACUUGCCGCCGCCACCCAGGUCUUGAUCCAUGUGGACACCGCCAGGACUCAGAACAAACACAGCAGGAAGAGGGGGCGGUAGUCCUUGGGUGUUGGGGGAGCCAGCCUGCAGACUUGCAAAGCCCCUCCCUGUAACCAGUGACUUGAGGUGGCAAUGUUUUCAUUUUUUCAGAUGACCACGACUAAAGUCACUUGGGUUCAUCCCGAUGACUUGAACACCGCAGGUGCCUGCAGGUGCCGGGCAGUCAGGGUCAGCAGACACGGGAGCUCCCCAGCAGGUCUCUGCCGGCCCACUCUGGGAGGGAGCAGGCCUUCCCACAGGGCUAUUUGUUGAACUCCCCAGUGAGGAGUCUUGUAGGGUGGCAGGCUGUCAGCAGGGAGCUAAAUGUUGUCGGUUUUGUUUUUUAAGCAAAAAUCCCUUUCUUUAGGAGCAGAUGAAAGAGGUGGUUUUCUGGUACUGAUAAAAACUAAACCAAAUCCAUACUACACCAUGAGACAUCCACUCGCUCAUUUGCCAUACGUAGAUGUUUCAGUAGCAUCAUAAACCUGUUUUGAUAUGUGUUCUCCAUGAGUUAAGUCUAAUUUGUCUUUUCAUUUCAUGAUGCAUGUCUUUUUUUUUCUUUUGUCAGGAUAACAUCAUAUAGCAUCUUAUUUGUUUCUCCUUAUCUAUGUACAUAUCUAUCUACUUGUGACUGUAGAUGGGUAUAGAGAUAGAUGCCAAGCUUCUUGUGUUCUGGGGAUAGUGUGCACCAUCAUUGGGUCUCUGCCUUAAAACACAGAAUUCAUCAUCUUUCGUCGUCAGGAAGCCCUGGCGCAUGUUUUGGCUCCAAAUUUUACUCUGUGUGUCACUGACCUAUAUGUAUAUAUGUGAUGUUUCCAUAUAUAUAUAUGUAUGUGUGUGUUUCAAUUUUGUAUCAUCAUGACUGAUAUCCAGUUUUAUGCUUUUUCUAAUAAAGAAAAAGACUAUGCACAUGAGGAAGGAAAGUGAAUCCCAGCAUUCACUCUCAUGUUUCUAUUGAAUUUUUAUAUGAAUUAUCGCUUACCAGAGCAAAUUUUUUUUUAUUACGAUUGGAUUACAUUGAAAGAAGAAAAAAAAAGGUUUUUUUUUUUUCUUUCUCAGUGAUGGUGCAGAGACUCAAGUUAAUGAACUUGAAAAUUGUGUUGCUUCGUGCCCUUGGGAAUCCAGUGCUCCCAUGCUACUAGCUGUCAUGUUGCCUUUGUGUUCACUGUUCACCUCCUGACUUGAAUCCAUCAGGCGUGCUCAGCCGCUACAGCACUCUGGGCUAAUCACCAACCAAAAAAAAAAAAAAAAGCCCUGUGGGGUGGGCGGGGUGGGGGCGGGGAUGUACCCACUUGUACCCACUGUGUGAUCACAGCACUGUGACUGCUUUCAGUGUCUGCUCGCGGUGUGCUGUCUGUCGGCAUGCUUAAAGCACAUGUCCAUUAAAAUUCAUUUUGUUCCUUUUAUUUUUCCUUGUUUUCUUGGUUAGUUAUUCAUUUGCAUAAACAUUAAUGAUCUCUGCAUAUUGGUUUGGGGUUUUUCUCUUUCCUUCUAACUC